AUGAUCUUUCCCUACCUCUGCAGAGCUCGAUUCUACACAACCCCGACGCCCCUCGCCAACACAGGCUCCAGCGUGUACAUUUCCACUGAGGGAAAGAAACCAGGGAUAUACGCCGAUUACUCAACUGCGAAACGGAACGGCAAUCCCUUCGCCCAGAGGCUCUCAAGCCCUGCCGUUGGUAUAAUCGAAUGGGAGCUGCACUGCCGCAGCGAGCAUGGGGGCCACGAGCAGCCGCCUCCCCUCCCGACCAACUGGUAUGGCAUCCGACCCUGGGCUAACUGGCGCCGCCGAGUCAACGACUCAGGCAAUUCAUACGUGAAGGUCAACGAGGCGGAGCUUGAGGAGCAACUGGAGGCUCUACGGCGUUCGGUGCGCGAGCAGGAGAUGCAGGACGAUCCUGCUAGCUUCGCGCCGCCACCCCCCGAAGCGCCGGCUGUAGAGCCGGAGGAUGAGGAGGAGGGCGAGGGUGACGACGGCAACGACGAUGAGGAGGCCUACGCCCGCGCGGAAGCCCGCCAGCUCGGCCGCUCCUAUCGAGCUCAGCGCCAGGAUGCCGCGGAUGAAGGCGAAGACUUUGGUUUCCCCUCCAUCUCGACUGCGCGGGCAACCGCCCAUCGCUCGGUACCCUCCUCCCCCCUCAAGUCCUCGUCCGCCGCUCGUGCUUCGUCAGCUCGGCCUGCCCAGCGUGUGCCCGCUGUGACGACGAGCGCGCGUUCCCCACGCCCCUCACCGCAACCUUCCUCGUCCAAGGGUUCGCGCCGAACUUUCCCCGCGCCGGCUCCGAUCAAGGCGAGCGCCUCAGCUCUUGGCGCGGGCAUCAACGUCUCCGCCCGCAUUGUGACCAGCGCUCCGGGGCCCAGCACCUCAAACACGCGCGCGCGCUCAUCUUCCCCUCGCAAGGCCGAUCGCUACGUUCCCACCCUCCCGCUCUACGACGAGGACAGCUCCGAGGGGGAGGAGGCUCGUCACGAGGUGGCGCGCUCCUUUGUGGUUUUCGCCGAAGGCCUUCGCCCUCGUAGCUAUGGGUCGUACUCAAUGGCUAAUGCGCGUGUUCGUGAGCUGCGCGGCCUCGGUAUUUCUGCUCAUUGUGACAUCUUCGAGAACGACGAGGAGGCCGAGGAGGCGAUCUUUGCUGCGUAG